GAAUCUUUCCUUAGGUCUAGCUAUGGCAGAAAGCUCAAGCCAACUUCCUCUCUCACUCUCAGCCAUUUUCCCACUAGUCGUAGACAGAAGUUAAGAUGGCCCAGGUUUCUGCACGUAUGGCCGCAUUGGCCCGCCAAGGCCCCAAAGCUGCUCAGCUGAGCAAGCAGUCCGCUGCUCUCAGCGUUGCUUCCAGGAAGCUCUCAACAUCUUCUCAGCAGUGUGCCGCCAAGGCCUCCUCUGGCGAGAUCUCCUCCAUCCUGGAGGACAGAAUUCUCGGAGCUGCCCCCGCCGCUAACCUCGAGGAGACUGGUCGUGUCCUCAGUAUUGGAGACGGUAUUGCUCGUGUCUAUGGACUCAAGAACAUCCAGGCCGAGGAGAUGGUGGAGUUCAGCUCUGGACUCAAGGGUAUGGCUCUCAACUUGGAGCCCGACAAUGUCGGUGUUGUCGUCUUCGGUAACGACAAGCUCAUCAAGGAAGGCGAUGUCGUCAAGCGUACCGGAGCUAUUGUCGACGUUCCCGUCGGUUACGAGCUUCUCGGUCGUGUCGUCGACGCUCUGGGAACACCCAUCGACGGCAAGGGUCCCCUUGGAACCAAGGAUAAGUUCAGGGUUGGACUUAAGGCCCCCGGUAUCAUCCCCAGGCAGUCCGUCAAGGAGCCUAUGCAGACCGGUAUCAAGGCUGUCGAUUCCCUUGUCCCCAUUGGUCGUGGACAGCGUGAGUUGAUCAUUGGUGACAGACAGACCGGUAAAACCGCUGUCGCCAUCGACACCAUCAUCAACCAGAAGAGGUUCAACGAAGCUGACGACAACAAGAAGAAGCUUUUCUGCAUUUACGUCGCCGUCGGACAGAAGAGAUCCACCGUCGCCCAGAUUGUCAAGCGUCUUACUGACGCUGACGCCAUGAAGUACACCAUUGUCGUCUCUGCCACAGCCUCUGACGCCGCUCCCCUGCAAUACCUCGCCCCCUACUCUGGCUGCGCCAUGGGAGAAUUCUUCAGGGACAACGGCAUGCACGCCGUCAUCAUCUUUGACGAUCUUUCCAAGCAGGCUGUUGCUUACCGUCAGAUGUCUCUCCUGCUCCGUCGUCCCCCUGGCCGUGAGGCUUACCCCGGAGACGUUUUCUAUCUUCACUCCCGUCUUCUGGAGAGAGCAGCUAAGAUGUCCGACGCAAUGGGCGGUGGAUCUCUGACAGCCCUUCCCAUCAUUGAGACCCAGGCUGGUGAUGUGUCUGCAUAUAUCCCAACCAACGUUAUUUCCAUCACUGAUGGACAAAUCUUCUUGGAGACAGAGCUUUUCUACAAAGGUAUCAGACCCGCCAUUAACGUCGGUCUGUCUGUAUCCAGAGUAGGAUCUGCUGCCCAGACCAAAUCCAUGAAGCAGGUGUCUGGUUCCAUGAAGCUUGAGUUGGCCCAGUACAGAGAGGUUGCUGCUUUCGCUCAGUUUGGUUCCGAUCUUGAUGCUGCUACCCAGCAGCUCCUUAACAGAGGUGUGAGGCUGACUGAACUGCUGAAGCAAGGACAGUAUGUACCCAUGCCUAUUGAAGACCAGGUUGCCGUUAUCUACUGUGGAGUCCGUGGAUUCCUUGACAAACUUGACCCCGCCAGGAUUACCGAGUUCGAGAAAGCUUUCCUCGAGCACAUCAGAGCCUCCCAGAAGGAUCUUCUGGCCACCAUUGCUAAGGACGGACACCUGAGUGAGACCACAGACAAGGCCCUCCACAAGGUCGUCGUUGACUUCAUGGCCUCAUUCGUCUAAACCCACUCCUUUACCUCACGGGGACUAGACCGGGACCUCGAGACCUGCAAGGGAGUCGGGGACCCGGACCUAGUCACCUUCCUUCAAUAUAGACUUUAAUUAGCACUUGCGUGAGAUCUAGCGAGUGUCUUCAGGAUUAUAAAGAGUUGAAUCUUUGUUAAUUUAAAUAUUAUAUACGAGCUGACUUAUGAUGUAUUGUGAUCCUAUUUCUGGAAUAAAGGAAUUGGAAAUAGUCUCUUUUUA